AUGCGAGGCCGUUUUGUAUGUGCCAUCCGACGCACCCGACAGCUGUGCACCGUUCUUCUGGCGGGCUUAUUUCUCUUGUGUUUACUGCAGCUCUUCAAAGAUGGACAAACUCAAGCUGGCAGCUCUAAGUCCUCGUCUCCAGAUGACGUGUCAUCGGCCCACGGGUCCCAAGCCUCGUCAUGCGUAGAGGCGGCGUCCGGUCCGGAGUUUCUGAACGCCUCGUAUCUUCGGUCGCGAGCGGACGACGUUGCGUCGUCAUCGUGGGCGCGCGCCCUGCUUGGUCUGGACCCAGGUCUCGCUCCCGCCAAGCUCUUCCUGCAGGCCACGCUCAGGACUCUCACCAGGCCUGUGAAGCCCGAAGCAGUGUCGAAGGCGGUACGUAGCAGUGCCAGCUUCUUGAUCGUACGUCACCCACUGCACAGGGUAGUGUCGGCCUACCGCAACAAGCUCGAGUUGUCGUACGCGGCCCACGACGGGGAAUAUUUCUACAAGAAUUACGGCAGUUUAAUAGUAAACAAGCACCGAGAGAUGGAAGACGUGCAUUUAUAUAAACAGAUUGAGGCACAUUGGGACGAUUUCUCAAAUUCUUUCUUGUCUGUUAGCGGUUCUAAAGAUAAUGCAGCGCAGAUUACUACGAGAGUUAGUUUCAAAGGUGCAAAUAGAACAAAUAUUGAACAGAAAAUCUUCGGAAUUUUAAAAUGGAAACAAGGGAUUCUUGAUUCUAAGAAACUACAUGAAAUUCCUAAGGAGUACCUUUUCCGUGACCCAACUUUCCCAGAGUUUGUGCAAUAUUUGUUAGCAACCGACAUUGAAAAAUACGAUGAACAUUGGAAGCCAAUUUAUCUCUAUUGUCACGUGUGUCAAGUUCGUUAUAAAUACAUAAUUAGUUAUGAGAACUUACAAGAUGAAGUCAGCGCUUUCAUCAAACAUUUAAAAGUACAAGGUAUUUUGGCGCAGAAGUUUUGCUUGUCGAAUGAAAACCAAAGUGGGACUUCGGCUGACGUUGUCCAGAGAUACUUGUCUCUGCUGUCGGCAGAGACGCGACGCAAACUGAAGCAAAAGUAUGAACGUGAUUUCGACCUUUUCGGUUACACAUGA